AUGCAGGCUGUGCCCAUGGUGCUGGCCAUCGUCCUCAGGUUCUGCACUACUGGGGUCUGCUGCUCUCGUCAGUAUCACUUCAUCAACGAGAAUAAAACUUGGGCUGAAGCACAGAGAUACUGCAGAGAGAAUUACGUCGACUUAGCCAGUAUUGAUAAUGCUAAAGAAGAGCUGGCUCUUAUUAAAACGGUAGAUAUCAGGAACUACAGCCCAGUCUGGCUUGGACUAUAUGAUGAUCUGAACAGCUGGAAAUGGUCUCUAGAUGAUAAUGAUGCUUUCUACCAGGAGGGAGACUUAAGCUUUAGAAACUGGUAUAUAUAUAAACCAGGGAACUGGUAUGAAAGCAGAUUAUGUACAGUUUUAUGGGGGUUUAAUGGCAUAUGGCAGGAGAACCAUUGCUCCGAUGUACGUCCGUUCGUUUGCUUUGAUGGGAGGGUAAACACCAGUGAAAGGUAUGUUGUGGUUAAUCAACAUAUGAACUGGUCCGAAGCUCAGCGAUACUGCAGAGAACAUUACACAGAUCUGACUAGCGUGAGGAACGAGACUGAGAACCUGAAGCUAAGAUCAUUAUUACAUAAUUAUUUUGAUUAUUAUACCGCUGUCUGGAUCGGCCUGUACAGAACCAGGUCUUGGUCGGAUAGAAGCAAUUCUUCUUUCAGCUACUGGAAACCUGGACAGCCAGAUAAUUCUGAUCAGAAUGAAUACUGUACUGCUGUGUCUUUUAAUAUUACCGAUUCUGGGAAAUGGACAGAUGAAAACUGCAAUAAAACGAUUCCAUUCUUCUGCUAUAGAAUGUCAUUAUCGUCCUCACAUGUAUACCGCUUUGUAAAUAUAAGUACGAACUGGACUGAAGCACAGAGGUACUGCAGAGAGAAUUACACUGACCUGGCUACCAUUGAGAACAUGGCAGAAAUGAACGAGCUCCUUAAUGCAGUAAAUAAUAGCUACUCAGGUUUGGCCUGGAUUGGAUUAUAUGAUGAUCCGGACAGCUGGAGAUGGUCUUUGGAUGAUGAGGGAUUCUACAGUGAAGGAGAGAAGGUGUUCACUGGGUGGUACCAUGAACCUAAUAACUACAACGGAAAAGAGCUGUGUGUGUUUAUUCGUUCUGACGGGAAAUGGGCUGAUGGAGAUUGUAACAAUGAUAUGACUUUUAUUUGCUAUGACGGAAGAAAUGUAACAGAAGGUUACAUCUGGGUUAACCAGUUUAUGUCCUGGGUGGAAGCUCAGCGUUACUGCAGGCAGCGUUACACAGACCUGGCCAGUGUGAGGAAUCAAGCAGAUAAUAAAAAAAUCCUCAACCUCACAGGUGGCUCUUCUGCUUGGAUUGGCUUAUACAGGACCAGACUCUGGUCAGACCAGCACGAGUCUACCUAUGAAAACUGGAGACCAGCCAGCCCAUAUAUUCCAGAACAACCAGACAAUGGAUUAUAUGUUUUUUGGGAACAGGGCAAUCAGCAAUGCACAGCUGUAUUACUUGGAGAUUUUGGGCAGUGGACAGAUGAGGACUGUUUAGCCACACUUCCUUUUAUCUGCUAUAACAAAUUCUGCCCAGGAUCAUUAUGCACCUAUCAGUAUCACCUGGUUACUGAUAAUAAGACCUGGACUGAAGCCCAGACUUACUGCAGAGUGAAUUAUACUGACCUGGCCACCAUUACUAACAUGGAGGAUAUAGGAACGCUGCUUGACACAGUACAUGGCACCUAUUCUGGUUUAGCCUGGAUCGGACUGUAUGAUGAUCUGAACAGCUGGAAGUGGUCUCUGGAUGAUGAUCUUUUCUACAAGGAGGGAGAAAGAAGCUUUAGUAACUGGUUUCAAUACAAACAGAGGAAUUGGUUUGGAAAUAGUUUGUGUGUAUACUUUUCAGGUGUUGAUGCAAUAUGGUGGGGCGCUUCUUGUUAUACCACGAUGCCAUUCAUUUGCUUUGAUGGAAGGGAAAAUGCCAGUGAGAAGUAUGUCCUUAUUUAUCAGUACCUGAAUUGGACUGAAGCUCAGAGAUACUGCAGAGAGCAUUACACAGAUCUGACCAGUGUGAGGAACAAGGCUGAGAACCUGAAGAUUAAAUCGGUACUAUAUAAUAAUGAUUAUAGCAGUGACGUAUGGAUUGGCCUGUACGAUACAAGGUCAUGGUCAGAUAAGAGCAACUCUUCUUUCAGCAACUGGAAUACAAGGCAACCUGAUAAUUAUGGUGGAAAUGAAUACUGUACUGCUGUUUUCACUACAUCUGGGAAAUGGACAGAUGAAGACUGUGGUCAAACUUUUCCCUUUUUUUGCUACAGUUCAAUGCCAUCAAUCUUUCAUCAGUAUCACUUUGUCAAUGAAAAUAAGACCUGGAGUGAAGCUCAAAGAUACUGUCGAGAGAUUCACAGAGACUUGGCUACAAUUGAUAACAUGGAAGAAAUGAUCAGUCUUCUUAACACAGUAAAUGGAAGCUACACCGGUUUAGCCUGGAUCGGACUGUACGAUAAUCUGGAUGACUGGAGAUGGUCUCUUGAUGAUGAUGCCUUCUAUAAGAAGGACGAGCGAGAGUUCAGAGGAUGGUACCAUGAACCCAAUAACUACAACGGAAAAGAACUUUGUGUUUCCAUGUAUAACACAGGGGAAUGGUUUGAUCAACAGUGUAAUCAGAGACUGGGAUUUGUGUGCUAUAAUGGUACAAACAACACAUAUGUAUGGAUUUCUGACAGAAUGACUUGGGAAGAAGCUCAGAGUUUCUGUAGAGCAAAACACACAGACCUGGCCAGUGUGAGGAAUGAACCCGAGCUUCAGCAGAUACUGAGCCUCACACAUGGCUAUGAUGUGUGGAUCGGUCUUUAUAGGAACCGCUUAUGGUCAGAUCAGAGCAACUCGACUUUUGCUUACUGGAGGAAAGAGUCUCAAGCACAUGUAAUAGCAGAACCUGAUAAUGGUUUGUAUUCAUUUGGACAAGUUGGAAAUCAACACUGCACCGCGAUGGAUUCUACUGGCAAAUGGACUGACGAAAACUGCUCAGCCAGUUUCCCGUUCUUUUGCUACAGUAUAUCUACUCCAGGUGCUUUGAUAGGACUGCAAAUGAAAAUUAAAGUUAAGGGAAACAUGCUGGACUCUAGGAUUAAAGAACUGGUGAUGAUGCAACUUCAACAAGAACUGAUCAGACUGGGGUUGUCAAGGAAGGUCACUUUGAGAGUGACAAACAUCCAUAAGAUCAACCUGUGAAGAAGACUAUACAUUCUACAUUCAGAACUGUUCCAGGAUUUGUGCUGAUUUAUUCUUUCAUUCGUUCAUUCAUUCAUUCAUUCAUUCAUUCAUUCAUUCUUUCAUUCAUUCA